UUGGCAUACGGGAGACGGUGGUUCGAAUCCCGCUUGGGGCAAAAAUGAGCACAUAACACCAUCCAGUGUGGGUCCUUGGGCAAGAUCCUUCACGCUAAUGCCUACCUCAUACAAUGAUGAGAGACAAUAAAACGAAUGACAUGCCGGCUCAGACGUCGCCCGGCCAAACAAGGUCUGCGUCAGGUGCUGGGGAACCAGAGCACCUUGAUGAAAAAUGGGCUACUGGAACAAAGCGGAGAUGGGCGAGAUGCGAUAACAUGGCUCUGUUGGAAUGCUACUACUCAAGCAACCCUAGUCAGAGGGGUUACAUGCAGAGAAUGUGGGCUAAAUGGUUACUUCGAAACCCACAGUCACGGUUGACCGCGAAACAACUAGUAGCUCAGUGUUCCAACAUCCACAAACGGCAACUGCUGUCACAACUUGAGAUUGAUGAGUUACAACGCAGGUUCAAUGGUGAAGGGCCCCAGGCUGCCAGAUCAGAGGAGGAGGUCAUACAAGAGAUUGGGAGGCAAGCCCCAAUGAAUGCAGAUGAUGAGAUUGGGUGGCCAGCCCCAAUGAAUGAAAUGCUGAGCGAGGCAGCAACUGACCUGAAAGCUAAGAUCAUGGCGAGAAUGAAAGCUGGGCAACCUAGAAACCGAUUACAACGGCUAUGUGAAGUACCAUCUGAAAGUCUCAUAGAAAGUGUGAAUGCAGCACUGAGGGCGAUCCCUACCGUAACGAUCACAGAAACCAAUGAGCUGAUAUACGCUUCAGCAUCAGUGAUCCUGGAGACUCUGGGCUAUAAGAGCAACCAUGAGAUACGUUACCCACCAUGGAAAAUACGGUUGGAGGCUAAGAUCAAGGCGGCCCGGAAAGAUGUGAGUCAAUUGACGGAGGCCCAGAGAGGUGUGAUGAAAAGGCCGAUACCCGAGAGGUACAUCCAGAUGACCAUAACUGAAGCACUCGAAACUGCCAAACAAAGGCUCCAAGCCUUGUCCAGUCGCCUAAAGCGGUACAUGAAAGAGAAUGAGGCCAGACGAAUAAACAGGCUGUUCGCAACACAACCUGCGAAAGUGUACGCUCAGUGGCAGGGUCCUAACAACAGAGCUGACCCACCAAGACUGGAAACUGAAAGGUACUGGAAAGGCAUAUGGGAGAAGGAGGUUGCACAUAACAGCAGUGCACAAUGGCUGGUGUCCCUGAGAGAGGAGAUCUACAGCAGCGACAUCGGGAUGUCAUUCGGGCUUGAGAAAUGUAGUCGGAUGGUGACUAAGAGAGGAAGGGUAGUCCGCACUGAAGGGGUCUCACUGCCUGAAGGAACAAUAGCAGACAUUGAGGACAGCUACAAGUACCUUGGUAUACCACAAGCCAAUGGCAACCUCGAACUGGCAACAAGGAAAGCGGCUACGGCCAAAUACCUCCAGCGAGUGAGGCAAGUCCUAAGAAGCCAGCUCAAUGGCAAGAAUAAGACCCGGGCAAUAAACAGCUAUGCCCUGCCAGUGAUCAGAUACCCUGCAGGAAUAAUAAGGUGGCCAAAGGAAGAGAUUCAGUCCACGGACGUUAAGACCCGAAAGCUCCUAACCAUGCAUGGAGGGUUCCAUCCCAAAUCCAGCACCCUGAGACUGUACGCAAGCCGAAAGGAUGGAGGCCGGGGACUAGUGAGUGUGAGAGCCACUGUCCAGGAUGAAACAUCCAAGCUCCAUGAAUACAUCAAGGAGAAGGCUCCAACGGAUGACGUACUCAGAGAAUGUCUCAGACAAUGGGGAACAGAAGAUGAGGCGCUGGAAGAGGGACCAUCAUGGGAGGACAAGCCCCUACACGGGAUGUACCACCGGACCAUAACUGAAGUGGCUGAUCUCAAGAAGUCCUAUCAGUGGCUAGAGAGGACUGGCCUGAAGGACAGCACAGAGGCACUCAUCCUGGCUGCUCAGGAGCAGGCCUUGAGCACCAGAGCCAUCGAGGCCCAGAUAUACCACACCAGACAAGACCCAAGGUGUAGGUUGUGCAAAGAGGCACCUGAGACGAUCCAACACAUAACUGCAGGGUGUAAGAUGCUGGCAGGGAAAGCCUACAUGGAACGCCAUAACCAGGUGGCUGGCAUAGUCUACCGAAACAUCUGUGCGGAGUAUGGACUGGAAACCCCAAGGUCAAAAUGGGAAACACCUCCGAAGGUGGUGGAGAAUGACAGAGCGAAGAUCCUGUGGGACUUCCAGAUCCAGACUGACAAGAUGGUAAUGGCGAACCAACCAGAUAUCGUGAUCAUAGAUAAAGGGCAGAGGAAAGCCGUUGUAGUGGAUAUAGCGGUCCCAAGUGAUGGAAACAUCAGGAAGAAGGAACAUGAGAAACUCGAGAAAUACCAAGGGCUCAGAGAGGAGCUGGAGAGAGCCUGGAAGGUAAAGGUGACAGUCACGCCUGUGGUGGUCGGAGCACUCGGGGCAGUGACCCCCAAACUAGAUGAGUGGUUGCAACAGAUCCCGGGAACAACAUCGGACAUCUCAGUCCAGAAAUGUGCAGUGCUGGGAACAGCAAGGAUACUGCGCAGAACCCUCAAGCUUCCUGGCCUCUGGUAGAGGACCCGAGCUGAAUGAGGGACGGACACCACCCGAUGGGUGAGAUGAG